AUCCUGCAGCCGUGUGACUCCCGGCACUGCGCACUGCACACAGCUGCGCCAAAACCAGCCUGCCCGCGCACCACCGCGGCUCCCGACGGCGGCGAGGAUGCGGACUUCCCUGGUCGUGUGCUGCUGCGUCUUUGCGCUGCAAUGCCUCCCGAGCACGCUUUGUCUUCCAGUGCGGGGAUCCGGCAGGUACAAAGUGGCACCGGUCUCUGAAAAGUUCCCGGACCUGAAGAAGAGAGGAAAGAUUCCCCACGCUCAGGACACAGUGAAGGAGACGAGUUUGUCGAACAACACCUCUAACACGUGGAACCGACCUCGCUGCGGCGUACCGGAUUACCCCGCGCUGAAGGAGGUGCACCAUCGAGGACGACACCGCCAGAGACGCUUCGUCCUGUACGGAGGACGUCUGGACAAGACGGACCUCACCUACAGGAUCGUCCGGUUUCCGUGGCAGAUGGGCGAGGAAAAGGUUCGACGUGUCUUUCGGGAAGCGCUGAAAAUCUGGAGCGACGUCACCCCGCUCACCUUCACCGAGAUCCACGGCGGGAAGGCCGACAUCCGCAUCGACUUCACCAGGUACUGGCACGGAGACAACCUUCCCUUCGACGGCCUGGGUGGGAUUCUCGCUCACGCCUUCUUCCCCAAAACACACCGACAGGGCGACGUCCACUUCGACUACGAUGAGUCAUGGACCCUGGGAAACCACAUGGGCACAGACCUCCUCCAGGUUGCUGCCCAUGAGUUCGGGCACGUCCUGGGCCUGCAGCACUCCCACGAGCCGGGGGCCAUCAUGUCCGCGUACUACUCCUUCUCAUAUCCGCUGAGGCUGAGCGAGGAUGACAAGCGGGGCAUCCAGUUCCUGUACGGCGCUCACCCACAAGUCCUGCCCUCGCCGCCACCCCCAUCUCCACCUCCGUCCAACCCGGAGACCAAUGAGAUCAUCACUAAUCCCGACGCCUGCCAGACGGACUUUGACGCCGUGUCCAUGAUCCGAGGGGAGCUGUUCUUCUUUAAGUCGGGCUACGUUUGGCGGAUCAGGGACGGGCAUCUGGAGAGCGGUUACCCGGCGCUGGCGUCCCGUCACUGGAGGGGGAUUCCUGACAACGUCGACGCCGCCUUUGAAGACAAGUCGGGGAAUAUCUGGUUCUUUCAGGGCGAGAACUACUGGGUGUUCGACGCUGAGAUGCAGAUCAGAGGGCCGGAGUCCAUCAGGGCUUUGGGUCUGUCGGUGUCCGGGAUCCAGGCGGCACUGCGCUGGGGCCACGACGCCAACUACAACACCUACUUCUUCAAGUCAGGCAGCUACUGGAGGUUUAGCCCCCUGGAGAACCGAGUCGAGUCCGUCUACCCACGCAGCAUGCAGGACUGGAGCGGCAUCCCCGCCGACGUGGACGCCGCUUUCAGGGACAUCUACGGCUACGCUCACUUCAUCCGAGGGCGGCAGUACUGGAAAUUCGAUCCGGUCGGCAUGAACUCUUUGGAGGGAUACCCCCGCUACGUCGGCGUGGAUUUUUUCGGCUGUAGAAACCUGUGAGUCUUGAACUGUGGAGAAUCAGAUCAACGAGUUGUUUUGGUUUGUUUUUUUUUCUGGUUUUUCUUUUCUUUUUUUUUGACGAUGAAGAGGAGUGUUUGGAACAAAGACAUUUCUAUGUUCAUACCACGGAUUCCAGGGGGUGAGACGAUCUCCUUUCGGAUCCGUUUAUGCUUUACUCCAUUUAUUGAUACUCAGACCAGUUAUAGGUUCUUCUCAGGAAAACGUUCCCUCAGACUUGGCGCCUCCCGUGCAGCUAUGCUCAUAUUUAUUUUGCACAUUUUUGUCACCGUGACGCUGAGAUCUGGGCCCCCGUACCGGUACCGAUGUGGACUACGCCGUUCUCACCUCCUUUCU